AUCGGUCGACGCCGGGGCAGCGAGUCACCAGACGCCGCCCGCCCAGUCGUCGGCCGCCCGCCCAGCUGCGCACGCGCACGCGCUCCGUCACGUCACAACGUUACAGAAUUCACUCGAGUUGAAUCCACCCAAUGGAAGAGAGCUGAUGUUUUGGCAACAUGUCUUUUCGAAACUAUUAUGAUACAUCGUCAUAUGGCCGAAGUCGAGACACCGGGCGGAGUUCAGGCAGCACCGCCGCGGAACGGCCGACAACAGUCACAGCGAAGUACCUCAACACUACACCAUCUUACAAGUCUUCGAGCAUCCCCAUAUUGUGCCCGGAACGAUCAGCUAAAGAAGAAACACCAAUCUCAGCUAUUGCUAACCGAUACGCAAACUACGGUAAAUCAGAUAAACAACCCAGUAAAUAUGAUUCUUACAAUACGAGCAAGACGGAGAAGCCCGCUACAAAGUAUGAUGCCUACAGUAGCAGUAAGACAGAUAAGCCGACAAUAAAAUAUGACACCUAUAGCACGAGUAAAACAGAAAAACCACUGUCUAAAUACGAUUCUUAUAGCACGACAAAAACUGACAAACCUGCCUCCAAAUAUGAUACGUACGGUACAAGUAAAACAAAAGAACCAACGUCUAAAUAUGAGAAAAAAGAUUAUUCCAAACUUACUGUUCCAUCAAUAACCACCAAUAAAAGUAGAGACGUAAGUCCUGUUUCGACAUCGAAAUACAGUCUGACCCGACCUUCUCGGCACUUGAGCCCAGAACGGAGAACAACGAAAACUUUCAAAGAUAAAAGCCGAGAUCCCAGUCCAGGGGAUCACGACAAAGACAUUCCAAGUAAGACUGACAAGUCUACGGGCUAUAACAGCCUGUCGAGUUACAAGUUAUACCCUCGAACUUCAAAUUACACACGACCUGCUUCAAGAGCAGAAGUUAAACCAGAAAUCAGUGUAAACAGAUACGCUAUAUCAAAUAGACUUUCCUCAAACUAUUUAAGAAGUCCACCAACAGUAAAACGUACCUCUGUGUCUCCAGUAAACCACACUGAAUCGGUUAAAAGUGAGUCGGAUAAGAAUACGCCACAGCAACCUGUAGUAGAAGAAAUAAAACCACAAAACGAGCCAGGAAACGAAAAUAAUGAGGUUUUAAAUUCCAAUGAGACACAACCAGAAGAUAAUGAAAAUGAGACUGAAACAGUUACCAUAGUAACACGUCAUACAUCACCUACACCACCCGGUUCUUCGGCAUAUGUUCGAAGUCGACGUGCAGACAUGGCUAAAACCAUAGAAAAGUCAAUAACUAGACGUAAAAAGAGGCCUGAAAUGAUUGACAAAGAAAUCCAAUCAGACAGAUUAGAUGAUCCAACACGUUCAAGUAGAUUUGGCAGCACAGCAAGAACAAGUGUUACUAAUUGGUCUUAUUACACGCCAAACUCCACUAAUUACACGGGAUACGCUGGUAGAUACUCUACGCAAUAUUCAAAUUUGAGAGAAAGUUCAGGUAGCAAUUCCUAUUCUGCCAGUGAACGAACUGGUCGAAGUCACAGUACAGAACCAGAGAAAAGAGAAAAUUCUAACUGUAAUUCUUUUAACGAAUACAACAACAUAGACAGUAACAUGAGUAAUCACGUAGCUGACAAUGAUCAAGAGGUUGUAUCGGUUUAUGCUUCUGAACAAAACAAAGGUGACGAUACGUCAGAAAUUAUAAUAAAUGUAAACCUUAAACUAAAAAGAGCUAAAAGCCCGAUAGCUUCCACAGAACUAGUAUCACCAGAGAUUACAAUCUCAAAUAGUCAAUUACCACCUCAAGCACCUAAAACAGAAGGCGCUGUAAAGACUAAAAAAGUUAAAGUAAAGAAGACUAGCACAGAUUCAUCAUCAGAUUCGGGUGGCAAGAAGAAAAUAAUCAAGAGAAGAAGUAAAUCAGUGAGCUCUACAGAUUCAGAUCAAGGAAGUGAAGUAAGUGAUAAAGGAUCACCUCCUAAGAGCUUACAAAAGAAUUCGUCUAGUUGCAACUUACAAAAUGGACCUUCAAAAUUGAAACAUUCCAAAUCAAGAGAAAGUGCUAGCCCUGAAUCAAGUAUAACAUUAUCGACGCAGUCGUCAAUUAGUGAAGAUGAGACUGUAUCCAAGUCAAAAACUAAUGAGUUAUCCAGAACUUCUGCUGAUGAGUUAUCAAUUCCAACUGACCGGUCUGGGAAACAGUCAUCACCUGUUUCUCCUCCAAAGAAUGAAACCGGUACGGAAGAAGCCAAAUCGUUCCUAAUUCGAGCACUGGCACCUGUUACUAAUUUAUUUAAAAUGAGACACCAAGAAAGUAGUGAUAACAGCCGUUGGUUAGAAAAUUCUACCUCAGAAUCAACUGGGAAAGAUGUAUCUAAUCUUACCACUGAAAGUGACAGAUCUAAUAAAAGUAAAAAUGAUACAAACAAUAUAAUUGCAUCUAAUGACGAUAACCUAGUUAAGCUUAAAUCAAUAAGACCUAUUGAAUCGGGAGAAAGAGCUUGGUGGUUAGAUUCCGAAUCAGAAAAGAAAAAUAGCUUACAAAAUUGCGAAAGCCAAAGAUCUCCAUCAGAGAAGAACAUUCCUAGGAAAAUUACACACGUUGAAUCUGGCGAAAAAGCAUGGUGGCUUGAUUCUAAUAGUGAAAAUAAACAAAAUAAUCAAGCACCGCUAAAUAAUACAUCAGAGAGUUCAGAUUCGAAUAGAGUUAUCAAGAAAUGUAAAUUUGUUGAUGACGAAAAGCCGUGGUGGUUGGACAGCUGUGCUAAUAUUCCCGAAGGUAUCGAACGACUGAGUCCUCCGAGAAAAUCAUCUAGCGAUAGCGAGAAGAGUGAAAAAUACAACUUUUUCAAAGUUCGCCAUAAUGAAUCUGGAGAUCAAAAGGAUUGGUGGGCCACUAGUAAUGAAAAUUCAACAAAUAACAGUAAACCAGAGCAGAAUGCAAUGCUGAGUAAAUCCGGUUCAGAACGCAGCUUCCCAUUAAGACGAAUACGGCAUAUAGAAUCAGGAGAGAGACCUUGGUGGCUGGGUAGUAAUAAAAACAUUCCAGAAGGUAUUGAAAAGUUGCCUACGCCUCCACCGCCUGAAGAAAGCGAUUCAUCUGACUCGGAAGUUCAAGUUUAUGUUCCACCUGCACAUAUACCUCCAUUUCCACUUCACUUGCCAGAUGACGAGCCAUUGGGGGCCAGAAGAAGUCCUGAAGGUUUAGAAACACCAAAAGAAAAUGAAGAGUACCGAGGUCGCGCAUCUCCUUACGAAAAUAAUCGUCAAUUCAGAAGACCUUCAAAUUCUUUCCAGAAAGGUGUAAAUAAAUAUAUCUCACGCUACACAGAUAUAGAUGAUAUCCUUGGAACUUCUGGUCAAAUAUACAGUCCUUUUAUGGACUCAAUACUAGCUAGGAGAACCGGACAGCUUCCAUUUGACGACGACGCGUGUGAAGAAAUAGAUCCAACGCAAGUCAGAAUCCAUGAUAGUACGGCGCAGCGACCUGUUAUUAAGAAGAUUCGUUCCAGAAGCAAUAUCAUCGAUUAUAGAGAAGAAGAACAAUUGGAUGAUGCCACCCUGCAAGUGUUUAAAGACGGCGACUAUGGACCUUAUCUGGAUCUGGACUCAACGCUGGGCGAGCAAGAGGAAGAACUGGAAGGUCUACAGGACAGUCGCAAAAAUGCCCUGGUCCUUCGCACUCAAUUAUCUGUUCGCGUCCACGCAAUCAUUGAGAGGUUGCUCCACUCUCAGGGACGAGAGCUUCGCAGAGCCCUGUUCACACUCAAGCAAAUUCUUCAGUCCGAUAAGGAUCUUGUGCACGAGUUCGUCGCGAACAAGGGCCUGGACUGCCUCAUGCAAGUCGGCAACAUGGCCGAUCACAACUACCUGGACUAUAUCCUACGAGCCCUCGGACAGAUCUUGCUCUACGUCGACGGCAUGCACGGGGUGAUGGGCCAUCAGCGUUGUGUGCAGUGGCUUUACGCUCUCAUUUCUAGCAAAUUCCGUCAUGUAGUCAAAACAGCUCUCAAACUUCUUCUAGUCUUUGUCGAAUACACCGAACCAAACUGUAUGCUCCUCAUAGAAGCUAUUGUGACCGUGGAUAACUCUAACGCUCGACAGCCAUGGUACAACAUUAUGAAGAUCCUUCAGGACUUCGAUGCAUCCGACACAGAACUUCUUAUUUACGCCACUACUCUGAUCAAUAGAUGCCUAAACAAUGUUCCUGAUAGGGACACCUACUACGAUCAAGUGGAUGCCUUGCAAGAUCAGGGCAUAGAUGAUAUUAUACAGCUGUAUAUGUCAAAACAAGGAACUGAUUUAGAUCUAUUGAGGCAGUUGCAGAUUUUCGAAGCUGUUUUGCUAUAUGAGGAUGGUGACGAAACGGGAACAGCACUUAAACAAUUGGAUGAUUCGGUAAUCAACUCAAUACGUCGCAGGAACAUCAACUUAAAUAGUGAGAGAAGAAAGUCUAAAAAGCAACAAUGCAAAGAAAAAGCAAAACCAGUCAUCACUCACACUGAGCCAGACAACAAAAUAACGAAUAACAUUCGUUCAUUCUUACCACCGCUCACUGACCAUAAUAAGGAGAACAAAGAACUGAGUUCAGCUUUAAGGAGACGACGAGAUCGUUUCGCGAGGCAGGCACAUCAUAUCAUUCAGCAACAGGAGAUGUUGAACCACUCCAGCGAUAUCUACAAUGGCUUAUUCCUCAACAAUGGGAGCUUCACGAGCGCCAACGGCAGUUUCACAAGUUCAAACGGAAAUUUUUCCACGCCCAAUGGCAGUUUGACGAGUGCCAAUGGGAGCUUCACAAGCCCAAAUGGCAGUUUCUCAAGUCUCAAUGGAAGUUUCACCAGCACUAAUGGAAGUUUUUCAAAUUCCAAUGUGAGUUUCCCGAGUAUUAUCGGGAAUUAUACCAACACCAAUGGGAAUUGUACAAAUACUGGGAGUUACACUAAUGGAACUUACACCAAUAAUAAGAGCUACUCAAAUACUACUAGUAACAUGAAUGGUACCAGUUUGUCGAAUGGAGUCAAUGGGCAUCACGAUGAGGAAGAUAAAUACAUGAAUAGGACUACGAAGAACUUUAAUCUAGCAGAUGUUUUAAAGAAUGGUAACCAAAGAUAUACUUCUGGUCUCAAACAGAGAAUCCAAAAUGGGACUUUAGGACACAGUGUGAAUGCUGUUGACGCUAUAACCGUCAUGCGGCAAAAGCAGACAGAUGCGACUCCAGAAGUGAAGGACGACCGAGGAAUCUUGCUGAAUAGGGAACACAGUAUCAAAGAUUUGGCACAAAGGUUGACCAGCCCUGUCAGUCCAACUACAGAAGAAAAGCCAUUACGAGUUUCUGAUAUGGCAGGAAUUGUAUCGAAAGCCAAAGAAGAAUUAGCUAAAUCUCAAUCAAAAGAAAUAAUAAAGAGCCCUACAAUAGAAAAAUCACCUAAAGUACACGAAAUCAAAGUAUCAGAAAAUGAUUUGCAUUGGGAAGAACUAAGAAAAGGUUGUCUGCAUCGAGAAUUCCACUUAUGCGACUUAGACUUUUCCGAUGUCCGGGAGGAUUCUGAUGAUGAGAUGUCAUCACCUGCUGUGAACGCCGCUAGCGGUCCGCCACCACCACCACCCACAAUGUUUCCACCAAUGGGUGUUCCUCCGCCUCUGCCAGGUUGUUUCCCUCCAAUGUCUAAAAAUAACGUUCCUGCUCCACCAAAACCAGCUCACUCAUCAGAAAUGUCAAACGACUCUGAUAGCUGUACAAUAAAGAAAAAUAAGAAAACAGUUAAAUUGUUCUGGAGAGAAAUACAAGAGAACCCAACGCCAGUGGCCAUAAGGCCGAAGGUUGGAGGAUUUAUAUGGGACGACCUUCCUGAGGUCAGCGUUGACACUGCUAUGUUGGAGCAUCUAUUUGAAUCUAGAACUAAUGAUUUGAUUAUCAAAGAAAAAUUAAUGGAACCAAAGAGAAACCUUAUUUUAGACGCUAAAAGAUCAAAUGCUAUCAAUAUCGCAAUGAAGAAAUUGCCUAAACCACAGACGAUUAAGGCCGCUAUAAUGAAAAUGGAUGCAACGGUCGUUGGUAGAGAAGGUAUAGAAAAACUGCUGACUAUGUUACCUACUGAAGAAGAAAAGAUCAAAAUACAGGAGGCCCAGUAUGCUAAUCCAGAUUUGCCACUGGGCAGUGCUGAACAGUUCCUAUUAACUCUGGCUUCUAUCAACGAACUCUCGUCUCGACUAAAACUUUGGGUGUUUAAAUUGGAUUUUGACAAUUUAGAGAAAGAAAUCGCCGAACCACUGAUGGACCUAAAGCAAGGUAUAGAAUUGUUGAAGGUGAAUAGAACUUUCAAAGUAAUCCUGUCUACGUUGAGAACUGUCGGAAACUACCUGAAUGGAAACUACGCCAAAGGUUUCCGUUUGGAGUACUUGUCUAAAGUUGUGGAAGUAAAGGACACCGUGCAUAAGCAUCCUCUUCUGUACCACAUCUGCGAAAUGAUCAUUGAAAAAUUCCCCGAAAGCUCCGACUUUUUCAGUGAAGUUGGUCCUGUUAUCCGAGCCUCUAAAGUAGAUUUCGAUGUGCUGUCAGCGAAUCUCCAGAAGUUGGAAUCUGACUGCAAAGCGUCUUGGGAUCAUAUGAAACGCGUCGCAAAACAUGAUGGAUCUCAGAUUUUCAAGACAAAAAUAAACGAAUUCCUCACAGAUGCAGCCGAGAGAAUCAUCCUACUAUCAGUUAUCAAAAAGAGGGUGAUGAGCAGAUUCAACAAAUUCUUACUGUUCCUCGGAGUGCCCCCAUGUGACAUACCCAAGACCAAACCUGCAGAAUUCUUAAAGGUCAUUGCGGAAUUUUCUCUGGAGUACAGGACUACCAGGGAGAGAGUAUUACAGCAGCUGGAGAAAAAGGCUAAUCACAGAGAGAGAAACAAGACUAGAGGCAAAAUGAUUAUUGAUGUGGGCAACUAUUCUCACAAAAAUGGCGACCACACUGCAGAUAGUGCUUUAAAAGAACUCUUGAAAACUGACCCGGACACUGAUAGCCUCACAGACGGCAGAAGAAAGAGUCAGCCCAACAGCAGAAGAAUUCUAGUCAAUGGGGACUUAUCAGCGGACGAAGAGAUAUUAGAGAGCCUUGUGAGAUCAGCAACAUCCAAACGCAAACCUGUCACACGAGAGCGGAGAAGGAAUCGAAUUUCAGACAGGAAGAACUUGAACAGGACUCUUGAUGGAAAUCAAUCAUGACGAGUAAUUCUUCCCACGAUCAAAGAAUAAUCAGCUCACAUACCUGGAAUUGCAAUUCAAAUCAGUACUCAAGAUUUAUGGAAGUGUCAGCUUAGUGCCUCGUAAUUGGGUGGUCGCAGGUCGAUUGCCAAGGACGAGCUAAAUGUGGAUGGCAAAAGGCCCUUCAUUUACAUAAUAUAACUGAUGAUACACGAGUGAUUCGUAUACAUUACACUUGUGAAAAGCGUGAGUGAUAUUAUGUGCCUACUCAUGUACAAUGAUAAACGUUUUGAAUCUCAUACAAUAGCCAACCCCCAGUGUUUAGGACAAUAUGGACACAGUGCUGGAAUUGUAACCAAAUUCUUAUCGUGCGAUAAUAUAAAUAUAUUACAUUUUACUCAUUGUUUUAUAAACAGCACUGUUUUGUACUGUACAAUGAAAUCACACGCGACCUUUAACCCCUCGCAUCUGAAAUCUGUAUCAGUUUCUGCAGGUGCACUAUCAAUUUGGCAAUGCAAAGAAAAUGAUCAGAAUCAUGCCUAUUUUAGAAUAAGACCAGUUUUUCUUUUAUUAAUAUAAGAGGUGGCGCAAUGUGUGUUGAAGAUUUUAAAAUACCAAUAUUAUCAAUUAAUUGGACAUAAGUCGCACUAUAAAGUUUUAUAGGAGAUAUGAUAUUUAUAUAAAUUAGUACUGUGGUACAUACAAAGUAAAUAGGUAUUAAGAAUCUAUCUGUGAUUUCAUUGUAAGGUAUAAACAAAAAUUUCACGCACCUUAAAGUAGUAAAAUUGUUACAUAUGUCCCUGAUUUAGAAGAGAUUUGCAAUAUAAAUGUUAUAGUCCGGUUGAAGUAAGAUGGCACCGACUUGGUGGUUUUCUUGGGUAUAUCAUUACAAAAACACUAGAAUCAUGGUUCAGCUUUGGGCGCGUCAUCGCCAACUAAAACGUAUAUUUUGAUCGGACUAUUUAUGCACUUAUUAUAGUCAGUAAAGCAACAAUGUUUUUCUUUUAUUCUCGAAAUAAAUAAAAAACAAUUGUUGCAACAUCCUUAUAAAUAGGUAAUUAUGCACUGUAUAUAAAUACUACUGAAUAAUACAACAUUAAAACCAAUUGCAAUUAAUUAUUGAAUGCCUUUAAAAUUGUUUACAAUUUAUUCUUGAUAUUUGGAAAUGUUUUUUCUAUUAGUUAUAGUAGAAAAACAUCGCAUUUCUAUUUCUGCAUUUCCUAGAAGUUUUCCAUAUGUUUACCAAAUGAGUAGGUUCCCUUCAGAUUAAAAUAAAUCACCUUAAUGUAGUUCUGUUCACGUAGGAGAAGGGCCCUAGUCUUUGAAUGAAUGUUAUAAAGAAGUGUUUUACAAUGUUAAUUUUCUAAACGCACUAAGCAUUAAAUUAUGAAGGUUUUUCAAUUAUAUGUAUCUAAGUGUAAUUAUUGUAUUUUCUCAUUCAUAUCGCCUUACAACUUGGCAUAGCCAUCAAAUAAGCUAAAUAAAAUACUCUAAGAAUUUAAUUGGUUGAUCUCGCAUGUAUCAUUAAUCUUUAAUAUGAUUAGGAUAACUAUCUUCUCUCAAAUUGUGCUGUUAUUGUCAUCAAAAUGUUUGAAUUGUAAUCUAGAUGUUAUGUUAGCAUGCUGUCUUGUAGUUUAAGGUAAAUAAGACUUUAAUCGAAGCAUAUGCCGAGGUCAUACGUAGAACGUUAUGCAUUUUCUAACUGGCCAUGCAAAUCUCAUGCAUGUAUGCAUAAUUAUGUACCUAUCGGUUGUAUUGACUUCGGCACUGUAAUAUGCCGUGAUCUAUGGUAUGUAAGAAUUUCGUUGGUGUAUUUAUGUAAAUAACUGAUGUAAAUAGCCUCUAACUAUAUAGCUGUCUUUUGUGGUUUUUUGCUCUAUUUAGCCAGUCGGUUUAUGAAUAUUAUUAUAAUUCAAAAUAUCUCAAUGUUUAAUAGAUUGUGACCAGCACCUAAUUAUAUUUCAAGUUUUACGAAUCACGUUUUAUAGUAGAAGUAAAUAAAAACUCGAGCAGGUUGUUUGUGAACAUUUUUUCUUGACAAUGGUCACGCAGCGCUGUUCUCUUUUUAUUUGCUCACGUACCUUUCUUUAGAUAUUUGAAUGUAAUAGAUCUACAGUAUAAGGAGCUCCAUCCAAUUCGUGAAGGUGUUGAUGAUGUAGAUUAUUUAAAUUGAUUACUAGUCUGGAACUAUACCCGAUGAGAUGAGAUAGCAAAUGGUAUUGGUAUCGUAGUACCUAGAGGAACGCCUUUCGGAUCGAGUGGGGUUAAUGACACAUUGUAUACGUGUUCUCAAAUUAUUAGUAGAUACCAAUUUGUCCUGAUCUUGCAUCCUGCACGUUUAAUAUUAUUGUAAUGUAAUUAUUGUAUUGUAUUCGUUAUAUUAGACAAUUUCUGAUUCACUACCGUUAUAGCUGCAAUAAAAUAUUCAAAGUAAUAA